GGCGCAUUUAUGUCUGUGGGUGUUCAUGUGUGCGUGUGAAGCAAUGCAAGUUGCAUUCCUUGAGGGGACACACAACCAGAGAAGAAUUGCCAUAGAGAACCAUCCAUGGGUUGGAUGAUACAGUGAAUGUGGCGUCAAGUGAAUUAGACAAACAUUAAAGCGUCGCACUCAUAGCGUCCCUUAGAUGGUGGCACCUUCAAGGUUGACUUUGCAGUUGCUUUCACAAGUUACGAACAAGAAGCCUAAGUUCAAAACAAACAAGAAAAUUGUCUGUGUGUAGGUUGCGGUUCAUAAUGGUGAUAGUAUGCAAACAUUUCCAUGUCCCUACAGUUUUUUUCCCCUUGUUGAAUCACAUUGAACCGUUACUCGCUCGUUGGUUUGUUUGAAAGUGCCAAUGUUUAGUGAACGCAUUUGAAAGCAAAUACAACAACAACAACAAUAAAAGCUUUUUGGCCGGCAGCUCGAACAAAUUCUUUCGAAAUUACGUCGCGUGCUAAUAUUUCGCGUAGGGAGAAUGAGAGCGAAACUAUCUCAACAUUUUCGGAUUCUUGGCCUGUUUAUCUUGAGUGUGGCUGGCAGGCGGGCUGAGUGUGUGUUGUCGGUCGGUGGCGUUUGGUGGGCUGUGUGUUGUGUAGUGCCUUCAUAAUCGAUGGCGUAUUUUUAGUAAAUUGUGAAUCUCAACGCGCCGCGACAUUUUGACGACAUCGCAUUUUGGGUUCAAAAAGGAAGAAAGAAAGAUAAAGGAAAAUAAAAAACAAACAAACGAAAAUAAACCCAAAACGAAUUGAAUUUUCAUUUUAUUCGAAAAGGCAACAAAAUCAAAGUGGAGCGGAAUAUUAUGCAUCUGCAGUUCUUCUUUUUUUGCUCAUCUUGGAAUUGAUUUAUUUAUACGUGCAGUUAUUUGCUACCCUCCCAUAUGUAUAAAAAAUCGAAAUUCAUUAAAUAAAUGUACAAAUAUUUAUGGGAAUUAAUUCAAAAGUGACCACAAGAAAUAAUGAAAGUGUAAAUAAAUGAAUUUAUUGCCGAGAAAGCACAACGACAACGACGACUACAUCUCAAAGAAAAAGGCACAGUUUAAAGGCUUUCAUUCUUUCACAAUUCCAAAAUCUGAGCAUCUUUUCUUAUUCACACUCACAUAAGUGAGCAACGACGACACACUCCCCUUCUGCCCCACAGCGACCUUCUAAUGCUUACAGUGUGCAUGUGUUUAUGUGCGUGCGUGUGUGUGUGCUGUACAUAAUAAAUAAAUAUAUAAAUAAAUAAACUACAUAAAUAUUUAUAUCACACACUCAGCUUGUCUGUGACAUCUCAACGGCUGGCUGCAUGUAUGUGUGUGUGUGUGUGUGUGCGUGUGUUUGGCUAUGGCAAAAAUAUGUCUGUGCGUAUGAUUUUUUAAUGGGCGAGUGUGAGUGCCACCAGUCUUAUUGGCAUCAUUUCUCAGAUUCAGAAUCUAGUUCAAGUGCCAACGAAAAAUAAUAAUGUGAAGAAAAAGUCUAUGUCGAAGAGCCGCCACAUAAAAAACAGCGACCAAAAAGAAGAAAAGAAAAAAAAAAAAAAACAACAACAAAAUAUAAUCAACAAAAAAGUGUGAAGAAAUAAAUAAAUACAAAUAGCAAAACGUCUGUCGCUUCAAUUUCCCCUUACCUCCAAGACUGAGCAGUGGGCACUCAUUACAUUUGUAUGACAUUAAAUGCUAAUCUAUGUCCUCGUAGGAAUGUUUGUAUGCGUGUGUGUGUGUAAGGGUGGCUCUCACUUUUGUGAAUGAAUGACCUCAGCACAAUUCAAAGAUUGAAUAAAAUAAAAAUCAGUGCACCUGCUGCCAAUAAACGAACGCCAUCUAUGCCAUUACAUUUCCUUUGGCUAGCAAAAGCAACAACAACAACAACUUAUACAACGACAUUAACAUCAAUGCUCAAAAGACCUUGUGAGACAUACCGGCGAAAUCAUUAACCCGCACACUAAGUGGCGUUAUUGCUCAAAUACCAUAUCAAGACCACGAGAACAACAGCAACAGACAGCAAAAGAGAGGGAGAGAAAGAGAACGCUUCCCUUACUGCACCGGAUGGAAUCUCGGAUUAUACCACCGCAGGCAAGGCAAUAACGCAAGGAAGAGAUAUUAAUUAUGAGUCAAAGGAUAAGAAGUAGACGUGAUGAGGAGCUAACCAGAGAAGCUGCCGCAAAAAGUCCAAAGCAACACUAGACGACGGCGCCAUAAUUUUCCAGCCAACAUAGCACAAAGUGAUAAUUAUUUCAUGCAACGAGUUGCAGGAAGUGCGAAAUCAUUGUGUGGCACCAUCAAUUAAGCCAUACGCAAAGAGCGAGAGCCAAUUUUGCAAAAGAAGUUCCGGGUAUUACGUGCAAAUUUUCCCUCAUCGUUGUAGCCACGAAAGCAUCUCUCAAUCAUUUCUAAGCCAUUCACACCAAUCAGCCAUAAAAUUAAGGAAAUCUUAAGAAGAGAAUAACCAACCGAUCACUUGUGGCGUAUUCCAUGGAUGGUGGCCGUCCACCAGUUGCAAUUGACAGACAAAAAAUAGGGGACUAGAAGAGCUCUGCAAUAAAACUAUUACUUCCGCCAAGGACAAUCAGACUCAUCAGUAGAACUGAUAGCGGGACGGACGCACAUAACCAUUGAAAUCUUUUGCACACGCAUCCAUUAACGCCUACGAGCAGUGUUGAGUCUGUUGGAUGAUAGUUCGUCACUGGCAACUGAGGGUGUCAAAACCAGACAGCCAGUCAGUCGGGCAGGCAGCCAGCAUCACGUUUGCCUCUUCUGUUCUUAAUACACUCCAUAAAUUGCAAGAGGAUCCCGCGUUUCGAGCGUUUGCUCGAAGUGAAUGAAAAAACGAACGGAUGUCUUAAGUGUCCUCAAGCCUUUUUGUGUGUGAGGGUGUGUGUGUGUGUGAGUUUGUGUGUACGUGUUGGCCUGCCAAGCUGCCAUUAUCAGGGAAUUGCAAUUGUUUUAAUACAUCAGCCAACCAUUCAGCCAACAAAGUGGACCACUAUUGGUGGUGGUGGUCGGGCAUUGAUUGUCCUCACCAAGGGGCUUUUGGAGAAGUACAAGGCGGCACCUACGAGUGUGUGUAGGCUGGAGCUGGUGCCCAUCGCCGUGUACACAGGGACCCAUUGGCACAGUAUAGAGGCGUUGGUGCGCACUUACCGUCAAGUACCGGGAGUCGUCAGACUGUGGUCGAAGCUGUGGCUGACUCCUGUCAGCAGUGAUAGUGGGCCGUAGUGCGCGCGUGCGAGCGUGCUGCGUGUGUAUUAGCUUGCUGAUCCACAUCGAAGUGGCGGGGGAGACAGCACACACCCGCUGGCGUUGUCUCACAAAUAAUGAAGCUCAGCAGUAGCGCGUCGUGUGGUUGCUGUUUCUGUUGCUACUGCCGCAGUUGGCUGAUGAUGCUGUUAAUGGUCUCCAGUGUUAUUCACGUGUCAACGGAUAUUAGGACAACAACCACAACAACAACAACAACAAAUACUGAUUUAAAUAAUUACUACAAAGCCAUGAUUAAAUCUGCAAAGUUCAAUACAAAAGUAUCUGGUCGAACGAGAGGGACCAUAGAUGCUUCACCGACUGCAAUGACCCUUCUUUCAGAUGCCAACAAAGGCAGCAGGAGCAAGAACAUUCACGAAUUUCAUACUGCAUUGCAACUCAAUGUUGUUACCACAAAAGCCAGAGGGCAAGCACCAACCGUCAGUGUCAGAACACCAGCAGAAACAAAGACAACGAUAUCAUCUGCACCUGAGUCCAUUGCAAUUCAAAGUCAAAGUUUGCACGAAACAUCACCAAGCCGGCCCCGAGUAGAGAGCCAAAGGUUUGCACACAACCAGGUUCAGGGGCCAUCAAGUGACACCUACAGCCACAGCUUAAGCCCUUUGCCCACGGGUGAUAAUUAUGACGCUGUUAUCCCAGCAACACAUGCAACAGAUUCUUUGCCCCAAACUACAGAGAAACUGAGAGGUGUUACUGCAACGAACCAUGUACAAAUCACCAUCCUCAAUGGUGACAUCAUCAACAAUGACAGCAAAACCCUUAAAUAUCCUAGAGUAGAAUCAAAUGCCAGAGAAUAUCAUGGAACAGCAGAAGCAUCAACAGAAAUCUCCACCACAAGGCAACAUACGAGACGUGCCACCAGCAGACCUGAGGGUAUUCAUGCUGUGCAUGAAACAAAUCAGAACUACAACAAUGGACAAAAAGGACGAAACUCCAAACCAGAACUGGCCAUCAAAGCAAAAAACUCGUCUAUGACAAAAACUAACCCUGCCACCGUAAUCAGUAGAAGCAACAGCAACAGGAACAGCAUUACCCAUGUAACAAGCACCAAUAGCUUUGACGACGAUGUCAUCCCAGAGAUGACCAGCAUCAGCACCGCUGACGACAGCUUUUUCGUUACACAUACGCCGGAGGUGUAUUCUCCUCAUCUGCAGAGUCGCCACACAGAGUUGCUGCAUUUGGAGUACAAUCAAUUAAAAAGACCAGCCCUUCUAGCCUCCACCUCUCCAUCUAUUUCGUCGUUGCAUCGACGAGUGAGACAAGUGGAGGAAGAUCCGGUGGACAAGUGCCGUUUGUUUGAGCAGGGCGAUCCCGAAAAGAUGGAGCUUUACAGCCCAGAUUAUCCCAAUGUCUAUCCCAAGAAUAUAAAUUGCACGCGUGUCAUAACAGCACAAAAGGGGCAAAUAAUUCGCCUGGACUUUCGCAAUUCAUUUCACAUAGAAGAGAAGGAGGACUGCAAAUUUGACUUUUUAGAGAUUCGUGAUGGCCAGUAUGGAUUUUCCAAUCUCAUUGGAAAGUUCUGUGGUACAGAUUUCCCCCCGGAGAUAACAUCAAAGGAAAGAUACCUGUGGCUACAUUUUCACUCGGACGAAAGUAUAGAAUAUACAGGAUUUACGGCGGUAUACGAAUUUAUGGAUAGAACACGUGAUGCUCCAAGUACGGAUUUGAACUGCACCAUCGAGAAGCACGGCGAUGAGGGUUUCGUCAACAGCACCGAUGUACCGACAGAGAUCAGGGAAAUUGUAGCAGCCAACAAAAUUGCCUUAGACUGUAUGUGGCGCAUACAGGUGCAAGAGAAGUGGAAGAUUCAGGUGAAGUUUAUAGACUUCAAAUUAUCAAAGCCCAACGAUUGUGAUGUGAAUUUUCUCGAUAUUUUCCCUGAACAAACGGUUAUGCCUCUGAGAGUGAAAAACUUUUGUGGAUCGGCGGGAGAGGGCAUUACCUCGGAAUCGAAUGUUUUGCAUAUGCGCUUCUAUGCGGAACAACAAGCCGUCAAUUCAACAUUUGCCAUUCUGUAUACCGCUUUUCGAGAAAAGGGCAGUGGAAAGUGUACCGAAGACGAAUACGAUUGUGAGGAUGCCACCUGUAUUGCUGCCUACCUGAAGUGUAAUCAGCGCGAUAAUUGCAAAUUCCGAUGGGACGAAGAGAGCUGCGAGCCUGAGACUAAGGGACAAUCGGAACAUAUGACUAUUAUCAUCACCGUAUUUGGCUUGAUCCUGGGCGGAAUGGUCAUAACAUUCCUGGUGAAUUGUGUGCGCAAAAUUAUGCAUGACCAAAAGAUUAUACGGGAACAUGUGCGCCAAUCCAAAGAAAGCAAACUGGACGAAAUGGGUCGCAACUCCAAAGCCCGGUCUCGUGACAACAUAUCCAUUAUGUCUCCCAGGCAAAAACAUUCGCAGACAUCGUUACAGAUACUCGAUGAUGUUUCCAAUCGCUAUUAUCGUGAAAUGGAACUGCAGGCCAAAGGCAAUUUCAAGGAAAAGGAACCCCAUCACAUACGACGACACGACAUGAUUGUUCAAACAAGCCUUUGUAGUAAUGAUGACUCUUCCACAACAACGACAGCCGAGCAAGCCGUUGCUCCAGGGCCCUGUGACAUGGCAUGCCAAACAAGGGAAUCGUUAUUUGGGACUGCUCCAUUGCUGCGUUCAAAAUCGAAAACAUCGUCUAUGGUUGGAGGGCAUCGCAGCAUAGAUGGGGUACCACCACCGCCACGGUUCUCUACGUUUGGCUAUGAUGCAGCACAAAUGGCAGCUGCUGCACCAAUGGCACCUGCGGUGGGAGCCCCAUCUACAUUGUCGAGACGCAAUAUGCUCAUGCCACAGGGCUCCAUUGAUGCGGAACAUCCACCGAAUCAGGACCAGGGGCCAAUGGUGCCCACCACACAACAGCCUCAACAACAUCAUCGACACUUACAUCACAGACCUUCACAGGAGAUCUGUCAUCACCAUCAUCAGCAUCAGCAACAGCAAGCACAGAAACAAACGUUGCCACGUCAUCAGCAUCAACAUCAGCAUCAGCAUCUGCAAGAACAACACCACCAUCCCUCAUCGACGGGGCCACACAUCACCACGAUGCCAGCAUCUGGCACAACGAUAGUCACAGCCAUAUCAGCUGGAUCCAGUGCGGCCAGAGCCAGAGAUCCAACGGCAGCAGCUGCUGCUGGUCAAUCUGGAGCUGGAGGGGCUUCUAAAAACAAACAAACUAAAGUUGAUGAGUCAAAGUUGUUCAUCGACAUUAGAAACUCGGCACCGGACGUCAUAAUUAUGACAUCCCAUUGACAAUUAAGGAAAUCCACACCAGUCCCCCCAAAAAACCAACAACACCAUCACACAACAACUCAUUUGUACAGAGUAUUGCAUUAUACUUCCGACCAGUCCCAUGUCCUCGCCUCCAUCCUUCUUUUGUUAUGCUUCUCCUCUCAUGCUGUAAACAAAAUCUUUAUUUGCAAUGUCUAGACACGGCCCCGGUUGGCAACACUGGAUUUCGGGGAAGUUUCUUCUACAUGACUCGUAACUUAAUUUAGUUAAUAUUGCCAGUGUCAUUCUUCGGAACAACUCUUCGAUCGAUAGAUGGAUGGAUGGAUGGAUGGAUGAAUGGACGGAUGACUGCUGAUUCGCUGCGGAUUGUGGCCAUGGUGAGCUACCCACAGUGACGAGUGAAUAGUCAGACGUCACCUCCAUCUCAAUUCUGUCAUAGGCAGGAGGCAUGCAGAGGUGGGAGCAACUGCCCAGCCCCCGCCCCCACUCUGUCGUCCACAUUUACACAGCAAUUAUCGGCAACAUGACCUUUGUUCAGAACCCAUGUUUUGUAGGCCUGGCGUAACAUGUUUGUUUGGUCAUGUUCCUGUGCCUGUGCCUGUGCCUGCGCCUGUUCUCCUCAUGCUACCCUCAAACCGGAAACAUAGCAUGCUAAAAGCCGACAAACACAACAUACCGCACAUGAUGUAUAGUCAGAAAACAGACGAUGACACCAGCGUGCUGGACAUCAGGGGCAGCAGCAGUAGCAUAAACGGUGCCUGCAUCAAGUGUCAUAUUUGUAAGGGAGUUUUUACCGAUAUGCCCCAUAGGAACGAAUUGUGAAGUAGUACCACACACAUAUUGUAUUCUUGUACAGGGGGGUUGUCCACGUGUCAGCAUGCAUAUGUUAUGUUCACUUGCGUGUGUGUGUGUGUGUGUGCGAGAGAGUGCUGGCUGCGUGCGGAGAGAAGUAUUCAUCAAUUUUCACUAUUUGUGCAUGUUGAUGAAAACAACGCCAUUCAUUAUGAAUACGUCAAAAAUGGGCAUAGUUUUGCCUUACCCAAAGGCAGCCUACUACAUAACAGUGCCCGGCCGAGGUUUGUAAAAAGCCAGCACUUGGAAGAAAUAACGUGGCAUUUCUCUCCAAUGUGCCGUUGUAAAUAGUUUCACAUGUCUUUUUCUCUAAAUAUUUUUAAACGUGGACUAAUUUUAUUUAGCAGUUUGCGAAUUGAAGUGUUGGAAACCUUUGUUUCGAUCCCAUCUUUCCAUAACAUUUUAAAUUACAUGGCAGACGCGGCAAGAAAACUGAAAUUGGAAAUAAAUUAAUAUAAAAUCCUAAAAUAGCAUAAAACGAAGCAUACGCUGAAAGUUUUUUCUUAAUACCAUUCGUAGUCAAUUGCGUUUUUGUUGUAUAGAUAAUUAUCAACUCAUUAAACCAUUUAAAAUGUUAAUUUAAAAUCACGAUGUACAUUUUAAUUGUUAAUAAAUUGCAUAGUUUUAUAUAUAUCUACUAAUUGGAAUCAUUGUAAAUUUUAAUGAAAAGUCAAAAAACCAAAGUAACUCAGUUUUUUAUGUGAUAAAUCACUAAAUUCACAAUUGCUUGUCCAUUUUUCACAAUUUUGAAGGAUACAAAAUGAAUUUUAAAUUGGGUCAAUUCUGUGGGCAAUUUUCAGUAAGGCUGCACUGAGCAGGAUACGUUUGAAUGCAUAUCCAUUAUUUCAUAAACGAUUUUCUGAUUCAUAGAAUCUUCUUAUAAUUUUUGAUACCAGAAGGGGGCGGACUCUCCCCCUUACCCCAAAAGCACCACCCAAAAACAAAAGUGGACCGAUCGAGGCAAUAUGAGACUCAAAUAAAAGGUAUUCAAGAGUAAAGUACGAAUUCUAUAUUAAAAAGUGAGUCUAAAUAAUUUGGGUGCCGCCCCAGCCCCAAAACCCUUUAAAAUAGGUUUAUUUGACGAUCAUGACAAUAUGGAACUCAAAUGAGAGGUAUUCGGGAGUAGAUUAAGAAUAUGGCCAGGAAGUAGGAUUCGGCUUCGUAAUUUAUUAAUAACGGAAGGGGACGGACCCUCCACCGUUACCCCAAAAACACCACCCAAAAUCAAAAGUGGACCGAUAAUGAAAAUAUGGGUAUCAAAUGAAUAGUAUGCUGGAGUCGAUAACGAAUCAGGCAUACAAAUUCAUUACCAAGUAUAGGCGGUCACACCACCCCCACAAAAACGCCCAAAAUGGGCACAUUAGCCAAUCACGGAUAUAUGGGACUCGGUUUGUUUGUUCCAUAUAGACUGAAAAACGGCAGGACCGAUUUUCUCGAAGUUUUCGCAUAUUGUGUAGGUUGGUCUGAAAGGAAACAUAGGCUAUAUAAUUUUUCGGUACCCGAAGGAGGACCCUCCCCUUAUGCCAAAAACACAACCCAAAAUCAAAAGUGGACCGAUCAGGACAAUAUAGGUAUCGAAUGAAAGGAAUUGGAGAGUAGAAUACGAAUAUGAUAAUUAAAUUUGAGUCUAAGUACCCAUUGGGCCGCCCCAACCCCAAAACUCCCCCAAACAGUCAUAUUGGACGUUCAUCUCAAUAUGGGGCUCAAAUGAAACGUAUUUGGGAGUAGAUUUUGAAUCUGACAUACAAAAUCAGAUUGAAGUAUAGGGGGUCACGCCACCCCUCAAAAACGCCUUUAGACCCAUUUUGACUGUGUGAUACUUGGCUGAACCGAUUUUCUUAAAAUUUGCAUAGAUAUCGGGUGAAGGCAGACCCUCCACCUUACCCCAAAAACGCCUCCCACAUCCGAAAGUGGUCCGAUGGGCACAAUAAGGGUGUCAAAUGGAAAGUAUUGGAGACCAGAAAACGAUUAUCGUAUUUAAAUUUGGAUCCAAGUACCCAACGUCAUAUGCUAAAAUGGCACGAAUUCGAUAUCCGCAUUGAGGGCAAAGUGUCCCUAUCUUAAAAAGAAGGCGCAACGGAGCGGGCCCGGUUCGGCUAGUAGUUUAUAUAUUUCGACUGGUUUCUUCACAAACCAAAUAUUUGUUUAAAGUACCGAUCUAGCGCUUAGAAAACCUCACGAACGCAUUCAAAGGAGAUACAAGUAUAACGCGUUUUUUUCAGUUGGGUUCUUUUUAGGAAAAGUAACGUGAAUAAUGGUUGAUACUCUAUGCGGCUUUUCACGUGAACAACUGUCAAACUCCAUGUAAAGAAACAUUGAAAAUGAAAAAUGUGUGGAAAAUUAAAAUACUUUUUUUAGGCUACUUACCCAAAAGAAGCAAUUUGGGACAAUUAAUCCUAGUGUUAUAUGAUGGCAGGGUUGUAUUGGUGUAGAAAAUAUGCCGAAAAUUUGUUUAAGUAAAAUAAGAUAUUUUUUAAAGUUUUUCACAACUAAAAACAGAGUACCCUGGAUUAUCACCAAUUCUAACAUUUCCAUUGGAAAGUUUGACAUUGACUCGGAACGUUUUGACCCAGCUGAGAGAAUUUGAUAUAAAUUGGAUUGAAUUUACCGUACCAAAAUAUAAACUUCGAAAUAAGUAUUUUAAAAAUUCAGUUUGCUGUUGUUAUGGUUUUUUAACUUAGGUUAUAAACUGGCACGCGUCUAACAAUCUUAUUCACCAUCAGCUUCAUUCAGCUUCAUUGUGCCGCCCCCGAAAAAGAUUCAAAAAGCGCAGAAGAACACUGAUAAUAUUUACGUCAGUACAAUGGAGGCCACCGUAGCGCAGAGGUUAGCAUGUCCGCCUAUGACGCUGAACGCCUGAGUUCGAAUCCUGGCGAGACUAUCAGAAAAAUUUUUUUCAGCGGUGGUUUUCCCCUCCUAAUGCUGGCAACAUUUGUGAGGUACUAUGCCAUGUAAAACUUCUCUCCAAAGAGGUGUUGCACUGCGGCACGCCGUUCGGACUCGGCUAUAAAAAGGAGGCCCCUUAUCAUUGAGCUUAAACUUGAAUCGGACUGCACUCAUUGAUAUGUGAGAAGUUUGCCCCUGUUCCUUAGUGGAAUGUUCAUGGGCAAAAUUUCCAUUUUUAUAGGGUUGCCCAAAAAGUAAUUGCGGAUUUUUUAUAUAGUCGGCGUUGACACAUUUUUUCACAGCUUGUGACUCUGUAAUUGCAUUCUUUCUUCUGUCAGUUAUCAGCUGUUACUUUUAUCUUGCUUUAGAAAAAAGUGUAAAAAAAGGAUAUUUGAUUAAAGUUCAUUAUAAGUUUAAUUAAAAGUGCAUUUACUUUCUUUUAAAAAAUCCGCAAUUACUUUUUGGGCAACCCAAUACAAUGCCAUAUAUUAGAAUGAAGAAAAUUAGAAGCCAAAAUGCAUGACAAAAACGGCCAGGGGGUCUGAAGAAGUUCCCUCUAAGUUCCCUGCUUUAAAGCUAUAAUAACCUAAUGAAAACUAUUUAAAAUUGCCAUCUUGGUGCUUUUGUGGAUAAAGCCUCUGGAGCUAAUUGGAAUUUUGAAUAUUUUUAAAUAUGUGUUUUCUUGCUUAACACUCAAAAAUUAAUACACUUCUUUCUUCUUGUUCUGAUUGACGGAAGCGAAUUUGCCGAACAUUUCAAACGUCAUUGCGAAUAACAUUUUUUCGCUUGUACGCCCAAAAAGAUGCUUUUCUGUUGCAAUUCGCCAACGCCUUUUGACGUGGAUUAUCUCGACAAGUGUGCAUUGAUGAACUUCAAUCUUUGUAUGACUAUGAAGCAAUAACACUGCGAAAAACUGGUUUAAUGAAUUCGGUCCUGCCCGACGCUCGCUUACAGUCGAAUUCCGUGAAGGUCGCCCAAAACUGGCAGCUGACUUAUAAUGGACUUAUAACGGAAGAUCGUCAUGUGACAUACCGUGAGAUUGGGGCAUCCUUGCACAUUUCUUCCACCAGCAUAUAUGCGACAUUCCAUGAAGACCUUGCCGUUUAUUUGAUAAUCUCUCAAAAAGACUCAUAUCGAUUAAUGUGAAGAAAUGUUGGAAAAAUACCAUCGCGGUGCUUCAAAAUACGUCAUAGAAGAUCAAUCGUGGAUUUAUACGUAUGAGCCCGAAACAAAACAACAAUCGAUCGUCUGGGUCGAAGUCGAGCCAAAUCCAACGAAAGUUGUUUGUGAAUGAAACCCUUUGAAGCAAAUAGUCGCCUGUUUCUUCGGCAAAACUGUUCAUGUGGCGACUGUUCCGCUUGAGAAACAUAGGACGGUCAAUUCUGAGUGGAACAUCAUAAUUUCUUUGCCUGCAAUCUUGGAAGAAAACGAACAAGAGGAGAUUGUUCUUCACAAGCACAAUACGAGCUCUCACACAUCGGCUCAAACCAGCGCAUUUAUAACCGACCAAAACCAUGAAUUGAUGGGACAUUCGCCGCACAGCUCUGACUCUAAGUUGGCCAAUGACUUCUUUCUAUUUCCGUGCGUGGUCAACGAUUUUCGUUGCGCAAGAAUAUGCUGUUGAAUCGUUCAAUAAAUAUGUUUUGGAGGUGUCUCAAUCGGAGUGGGAAAAGUGCUUCCACAAUUGGUUAGAGCGCAUGCAUACAAAAAUUCAUGCAAAAAUUGUCGUUUUCAUGAUUCAGCCAGACAUUUUUAUAGCAGCCCUCGUAUCUUUCCAUUCCUUGGUUUAUUUCAAUAUAAUAAGCCGCACAUAUUUCCUUUGGUCUCUCUUAACAAUUGACUGGCUACUGUUGUCUCUUGUGCGGAUGUGUUAACGUUACAAAUGACCCGCUAAACUAAUGGCCUGGACAUGAAAUCAAUGAUUGUUACUUCUGCAUACAAACACACAUACAUGGCCUAUGGAAGCGUGUUUUGCUUCUGUGCUUUGUAUCGUAUAGUCAUCCACUCGUCAUUGUUGAUGGUUACCAACAAACGCACACUUCCACCAGAAACGAAACGAUGGCGACAAUGUCAUUGUCGUUUGUGUCAUUGGUGUAUGUUCCUAUGUCGAUGUUUAUGCGAAUGUGUGUGUGUGUGUUUUGCAUGUCGCCUGUGUGUAAUAACAGACGUUGCAGCAGAUGCUUCCUUUUUUAUUUACAGCACACACACACGCAUAGCCAGAAGGAAGAGGACAUGGACAAACAAGUCAGGCAAAAAAAACACUCUUUUGCAUAUCAUGCAGCAUGCAAGGACAAUAUUCUUUUAACGUGAGUAAAUAUUGAACUGAGUUAAUAGAAGAGAUUGAAGGUUUUUGUCAAAGUUGCUCUUCCACCUUGAGUACACGGCAGUAGGAAACCUUAAUAAACUGCUACUGACUACAGGAUAUGCAGCAAAACGGAAAAAGGGAGACAGAGACAGCCAACGGUAAAGCCAUUCAAGCCAUCACACGCUCAUGCUAUGGAUCACAGCAAUUUAUAUUCACGCAAUGUAUAGCCAUUAAAGCCAACAAUCACUUAUUAACUGUCCAUGCAAUUCCGUGCUUCACCACUUCUAUACUACGCCCACAUGCACCGCCUACCGACCCACCCACCAUACACUGUGAUUCAGUUGAGUAUGGUUUCAAAUGAGUAAUUAUAUAUUAAGUUGGCCACUCUGUGCUCAAGUUGAGAAAGGUUUUUUGAGCCCAUUAUUAAUAAUUCGAUAAAUGAUUUUAACAAGUAUUAAAGGCCGAAACAGAAUGAACGCGUUGGGCUAUGUUUUUAAGCGUCGCGUUGCAAAAAUGUACACAAAUCCCACCCGAUUUGGACUAUAAUUGCUUUGUUGUGCACAUCUGUCAACCAAUCUUCACGAAAUUUGGCACAGAACAUUUUCCUAAGACUUCUUAUAUGGCUGUUGCAUAUUAUAGAAAUCGGCUCAUAUUUAGUAUAUGCAUGCCCGAUUUUCACUUAUAUGGCCAAAGCAAGCAGAUUUAUUAACAAGUAUUCCCGAAAUGUAGUAGAUUGCUUUCUUUAGAAUCUGACACAUGUACCCCCAAAUGUCACUUAUGGAUCCAUAACACGCAAAUUUAUAAAGCGAUGAUUACGAACAUUGCUACAUAGAAUUUUUUUGCAACUCUAACAACAGAUGGGGAAUUAGGUUGCAAUCGGUACACCACCACUGUGGUACAGGGUAUUAUGGUAUUAUAGAUUUGUGCAUUUGUUUGCAACGCCAAGAAGGAGAAAAGCUAGAACCAUCGAUAAGUAUACCGAUCGGCUUAGAAUCACUUCCUGAUUCGAUUUAGCUAUGUCCGUCUAUCUGUCUCUCCAUGUAUUGCUGUAAUCAAAGUACAGGUCGCAUUUGUUGUCCGAUUUUCACAAAUUUUGCAUAUGUCUCUUUUUUAGUCCAAGAGAGAACGGUAUUGAUUUCGAAUAAAAAAUCGGUUUAGAUUUAGAUAUAGCUCCCAUAUAUAUCUAUAUAUCCCAUAAGGCUUAGGAGGCACAAUUUUGGUCCGAUCUUUACCAAAUUUCAAACGAAGUGCUUUUUCCUAGCAUGUGUGCAAAAUUUCAUCAGAAUCGGAUCAGAUUUAUAUAUAGCUCCCAUAUAUAUAUUUCAUCCGAUUUGCCCUUUUAAAGCUGUAUAAGCCACAAUUUUCGUACCAUCGCAGGAAAGUUGUAGAAGGUUCUAUUCGAUAUUUCAAUAGGUAUGCAAAAUUAGAGUCUGACUUAAUUUGGAUAUAAGUGCUAUAUAUUAAAAGUAUUACGUAGACUCGGUGGUGUAGGGUAUUAUAUAGUCGGCCCCGCCCGACUUAUGGCUUUCCUUACUGUUUCUUUCUUGUGUGAGAAAAAUAUUGCUCACGUCCACUUUUAACUGUGAGCAAUUUUUCCAAAUUAAUGUUCAAUGCCCUAAAGUAUGCUACGAAAAUAUUUUUUCCAUCACCAGUGUUGCCACUUUUGCUUCUACCUAAAUUCCUAAAUAUUCUAACAACACCGCUAAAUGAUUCAUAAAUAGGGUGUGCCAAUCGGUAGCAAUCUCCUUGGUGAAAUAUAAAAAUGACGUAGGGGUGUUUUUUUACUGGGGUGGGAAAAAAAUUAAUAUUUUGCUGUGCCAAACGGUAACUGUCCCAUUAUAAAAAUUUUUGACAUUUCGACUUGAGCAACAGCAGGCCACGCAAUUUAAAUAAUCAAGAUUUAUUGAAAAUUGCCCAUGACUUGCUUAAAAACAAUUUUUAGUAAACUUGGAAUAAGAACAAUUAAAUACUUGGGCAUUGUUCAUAGAUAAGAGUCUAUUUGGAUUAAUGAUUUUAAUUUGCUUUGCUUCUGUCAAAAAUCUUACUAGCUCCUGGGCUACUCAAAAAUUAUUCACCACACUGAACGUCAUAUUUUUACAAACCCUACAACUUUGCUAUCAAUCUACCCACCACCAAAACAUGGGGAUAUAUUAUAUUGUUAUCGAUAUAUAAUCUGUGGUGAUCGAAUAUUUAAGCUUAAUUAUUAUAUUAGACUACGAGUAUAUUUUAAGACAAUUCGUACAUACAUAGUGACAUUCAUUCGACUGUAUUUAAAUGAUCCAGUGUGUUGUUGAUAAUUGGAAAAACCUCGUUUAAUCAUCGUUCAAUUGCUUGAAUGACUCAAUAGCCUCGGGAAAUCACACAAUUCGCCAGAGGACAUUAUUUUCGCAAAUUCCUAUCAUCAUGGAAGAUAAUUUUCCUCUGAACAAAUAACGCAUGACAUACUGACUAUUCAUGUGCCCAUUGAGGCCAAUUUAGGUCAUACAAAUACAAUCAAUUCGAAUUUGCUCAUAACAGGACACAAUGAAAGCAAACACCCACACUCAUGCACACCCACAUCCAUCACGUCGACACUUGUAAUCUGAGUUGAAUUGCAUUGUGAGGUAAAUUGACUGCACGUACAAUUUAUUUACAAAUCUCUGGUGUAAAUCUAGUUAGGCAACCAAGAUUAUGCGAAUUUGGAAUCUAUCCAAAUCGUUGGGCACAUAGUAAUCCGUUUAUAUAAAAUAGCUGGUAAUCAUCUGUUCGUUUAAAUGUUUAAACGAUCAAUCAAAUAAAUGUAAGCAAUUGCAUUUUUCUAUUUUGCAUAAAGGAUUGUAGAGUGAUGAGCAUAAAUGAAGAAACUUAAAUAAAAUUGAAAAAAAAAAAUUUGUAUAUAGUGUCAACAAUUCAAAAUUUGUUGAAUCUUAGUGAAAAAACAGAAGAACUAACCCAUAAUAGUUGUGUUUUUUUCAUGAGCAUCUUGGAGCACAGAGUGUAGUGCCAUUGAAAUUGUCCAUUAUAGCCUGUAUACGCUAAGUCCUUUAAGCGAUAUCACUUUAAGAGAAGUUUUGCAUGGCUGAAGAUCUCACAAAACACAAUUCUUCAAACAAUAGUUUUGAUGGUUAUUUUCGCAAAGUGAUUGGAUGUUAAGUGAGAGAAGUCUCAAGUUGACACACCAUAGGAUGGGGGAUUUACUAAUCUAGUCAUUCCUUUUGUAACACCUCGAAGUAUUGAUCUGCGAUGUAAACCCAUUCCCCGAUUUGAUUUCUUGAGGCCUCAGAAGCUUCAAUUCUUAUGCGAUUUAGCUGAAAUUUUGCACGAAACGGUUUUAUACCUUCCAUCAUAGGAUAAUAUGAUGAUACUGAUAUCGCCACCUCGAUAUAUUCAUCUAAAACCCCAUCAAGUAUAUACAUUAUUGAUCGUUAUGACAUUUUAAGUCGAUCUUCCCAUGUCCGUCCGUCCGUCUGUCCGUCGAAAUCACGCUAACUUUCGAAGGAGUAAAGCUAGGCGCUUGAAAUUUUACACAAAUAGUUAGGUCGGUUGGGAUUGUAAAUAUAAACCGAUCUUGGAUCUUGACUUCUUGAGGCACUGAAGGGCGCAAUUCUUAUCUGAUUUGGCUGACAUUUCGCAUUAGGUGAUUUAUUAUAACUUGCACCUAUUGCGUUAAGUAUGAUUCAAAUCGGUCCAUAACCUGAUAUAGCUGCCAUAUAAACCGAUCUGGGAUCUUGACUUCUUAAGCCUCUAGAGUGCGUAAAUUUUUCCAAUUUAGCUAACAUUUUGCACGAAGUCGUUCAAAUCGGUUCAUAACCUGAUAUAACUUCCAAAUUAACCGAUCCCCUGAUAACAAUUUUUGAGUUUUCAGGGUGCGAAAAUCAUUACCGAUUCUGCUGAAAUUGUGUACAACGACUUCUUCCAUGAUCUUUAACAUGCUUCCCAAAUAUAGUCUGAAUUUACAGCCUGAUACAGCUGCCAUUCACAAUGACUUGUACUACGUUCACAUAAACUGAACACAUGCCCGUCAACUAAGAUCAUUUGCGCACAUUCUUUGCAGAAUUCAAGAUAGUUGGUUCCUAGGCCUAGUGUUUUUUUUUUAUUAAUUUAUUAAAAUCAUUAUUUAUACAUAUGGCGCUGAGGCCAUAUACCAAGAGAUAGUUUAGUGGCUAGUUGUUAAAUAUAAAAUCAUAAAUAAUUUUUAUUAACUAUAUUUUUCUUAUUGUAAUGUUUUUAUUGAUGCAAAUUAUGUCAGAAGUUCAUCCAUAUUGUAUUCUUCUUAUUCUUUUAAUUUUUUUAUUGAUAAGUUUGUUGAUGACGUUAGAUCUAAGGGCAAAUUAUUAAAAGCUUGACUACCAGAAUAUUCAAUCCUUUGUUUGAUGUUUCAGUUCGACAAAACGACACAUUAAAUUGAUUAAAAUUCCGAGUAUUAAACAGGUGUUGUUGUAUUAUGUAAAUAUUUAAUGAAUAGGCAAAACUGUUGGAAAAACUUCUUUUUAUAAUAAUAACGUUGAAAAUCUCAUGGGCUAAUUAGCAACAGCCUUCAGUUCGUUGUUUUACAACCUCAGAAGACUUUCAAUUGAGUUGUUUCGUCAUGUCCAUAAAUUAUUGCCAAACAAUUGCAGUGAUUCUGAAUUGAGGCAUGAAAAAAAAGAAAUUUACAAUUUGCGAUUGCAUUUAUUUUUAAACUUGUAUAGAGGUCCAAUCGCAGGUGAAAGCUUUGCCGUUAUAUGAGCAAUAUGUUUAUCCCAUGUUAGAUUACUUUGCAAGAAAAGUCUUCAGUACUUGACAACAUUUAUUUCACGAAUUUCAUUUCUAUCAACAUGGAUACUUAAUAACACUUACUGCGCCUUCCUCCAUACUACAACCUGUCCUAAAACCAAAUUGAUAAUCACAGAGCGAAUUACAAUACUAUCAUUACAAUACAUUGAAAGCAUUUCAUAUACAAACUGAAAAAGGGCGAAAUUUCCCAAUUACACAACAAUUUUUUUCCUUCGGUUUCGGAACUAUCUUGAGGAUUUUAAAUAUUUCAGGGUUGUAGGAUCAUUCUAUUUUAUAAUAUUUUCACCAUAUACGGAACCAAAAGGUGGGAACAAGUUUCAAAAACUUCCACAACUUUCACCCUUUUUCAUAUUUAAUAACAUAUUAUCAACUACAGCAUUGGAGGACGAAUGAUGUAGAAACUGGACGGAAAAAGGGCGAAAUUUCUCAACUACACAAAAAUUUUUUUCCUUCGGUUUCGGAACUACUUUGAGGAUUUCUAAUAUUUCAGGGUUUAAGAUUCAUUCUAUUUUACAAUAAUUUCACCAUAUACGGAACCAAAACGUGGAAAUAAGUUUCAAAAACUUCCACAACUUUUUCCCUUUUUCAUAAUCAAUAAAAUAUUAUCAACUACAGCAUUGGAGGACGAAUGAUGUAGAAACUGGGUAUGAAAGAAGUUCAUAGUUAGCAAAGAAAUGCAAUGUUUAAUGUACGCCAACAACACAGUGUUGAUCACUUAUCUUUCAAGUGGCCCUAUAGGAAGAAGUGGGAAGGUGUUAUAUCACAAGAUCUAGGUGGCCAAUUGUAAUCACAUCUUCCAGACAUAAAACGGCCCAUAAAAGAGCGAUAGUUUCGUUGCCCCGUCUUGUUGAAAGUAAACAUUGUCCAGAUCAAUACCAUCCAAGUCCGACCACUUUCUACAACUACACAAUCCACAAUUCAUCGUAGCUGUUGAUCCAACUUUAUUUGGGAAAAGUUAAGGUCCAAUGAUCUCGCCGGACCAUAAACCGCACAGUUUUGAGAACUGUGAUUGCAAGUAUUUUUAUAGUGAAUUUUAAUAAUUUCAAUGCGUUGUUGAAGUUUUUAAUUGUCAAAUAUCAACGAAUAAAAGCAUCAAAAAUGACAGCUACCGAUAGGCCAGACGAUUCAAAAUAAUACCUCUUAUUGAAAAACCCUGUAUCAAUGAGCUCUAUCCGAUCAAAAUUUAAGCUGAAUGAUUAAGGACCUCCUUCUUAUUGCCGAGUCCGAGCGGAUUGCAGCGGAGUGGCACCACUUUGUAGAGAAGUAAACAAGGCUUGAUUACCUUCGGUAAUUACAUCACAAUUGUCACCAGCAGUAGGAAAACACUACCAAUGCUGAAAAUUGUCAGAUAUUCUCGGCGGGAUUUGCCUUUGGGGGUCACGUGAACGGUAUUUGGGAAUAUAGUACAAAUCAAACAUCCCAAUAAGGGGAUGCAUAGUGAGCGCAAAAGCCAAAUUGAUCCAUGCUAUUCUUAAAUACCUACCUAAUAUAACUAAAUAACGAUUGAAUGGUAGGCAACAUUUUAUACAUACCUUUGGGCUAUCCCAAUCAUUCUAUCCUCACCCACACAUGGCAAAUGGGUACUUUAGUUGCGCAUAUUGGUAAACAUCAACUUACAGUGACUGCUAUCCUAGAAACGUCAAGAAAGUUUGAAAAGAGAACGAUUUUGUUUUAAUUUUACUGGAUUAACACCAAAAAGUGGCAAAAAAAAACUCUAAAAUACUAUAGAAGUUUAAAAAAGUUCUCCGUUUUUUCUCGCUCUAUGAAAAUGUAAACAGUUGUUUUGGAAGUUUGUCAACAUCUACCUUCAAAACAAUGCUCCUUGCACAGAAUAAAUGUGUUUGAAUUUCUGAGCCAAAAUAAGACAGCACUUCUUUUGGAAACACACGUGGUGAAUUUAGUGAACAAAACCCAUAAAUAUAUUAUGUUCUUAAUUAUUCCAACACUCGCAUGUAUCAAACAAAUAAUAUUUAUAUUGCAAAAAAAGUUUUCCUCAACACAGUUAAGUUUUCGCAACCAUACAUGAGUUUCAACAUUGCUCGCUACUGUAGCACAUGAAGAAUGCUGGGGAACAGUGCAGUGAAAACAAUUGCUGUUAAUCAGCAUCCUUUAAUCAAACCCACCAAAGACCUAUGGCAGUUGUAAAGGGUAAAUCUGGCGUAAUUUCAUUUCAUUUAAGUCAAAUCCCACAGCUUCAAAUAGAAAAUGAUGAAGGCAAGAACAUGGACUGGCAUAACAAUUUUAAUAAAGAACCAACAACAAAAAAACAACAGCAUUGUAAUCUAAUUGUGUUUUUGUUACCAAAUAGUUUAUAAAUUAUUUUAAAAAGGCAUUAAAUGUGCAGAAAUGCUCAAAAUAAGUAAUUAAAAAAAAAAACCUAUAAUGCAUUGUAAAUGUAUUCGUAUUUGUUAAGAUAAAAUUGUAAAAAGUAAUCUCUAGGAUUGUAGUUAAAAAGAAACGCAGGCCAAAAGCCUUGAGAUAGUAUUUAUCAAACUUUUACAUAGAAUUAAAAAAAAAACAAAACGAACACACCCAUACUCUCGAGUACCGAGAACUAAAAAAAAAACAAACA